AUGGUAACUUCACCAACUAAAACGAAAACCAUUUCUACAGCAAGCAAUACUGCCGAAGCUAAAGAGCAAAUAGGUGCAGUACAUGGGUUUUUUAUAGGUGGUGCGGCUGCUUGUGCUGCUGUCACUUUUUCAAAUCCUUGGGAGUUGGUUAAAACACGUCUUCAACUACAAGGAGAACUGGCACGGGCUUCGGCGAAUUCACCGAAACCGUACAAAAAUAUAUUUCAAGCAUUCUAUAUAAUUUCUAGAUAUGAGGGAUUACGAGGAGUACAGCAGGGUUUAGGCCCCGCAUACACGUAUCAACUGGUAAUGAACGGAUUACGUCUUGGCCUAUACGAUCCAAUACGUAGCUCAUUAACCAGCGCAUUCAACGCCUCGAACACUUCGAUGUUAGUAAGCAUGACAUCAGCAGGUAUAUCAGGAGUAGUAGGUGCCGCGAUCGGUUCACCACUCUAUCUCGUAAAAACACGCAUGCAAUCAUGUUCAUCACAAUUCGCUGUCGGCCAUCAACACAGAUAUCGAAACAUAUUUCACGCGCUAAACUCAAUAUGGAAAGAAGGUGGCCUGCGAGGUCUGUAUCGUGGAGCUGCUGCUUCAAUGCUUCGAACGGGGGUCGGCUCAUCGGUUCAACUGUCAGGCUAUUUCCUGGUGAAACGGUGGGCGAUAGAAAAGACUGGGAUGAGCGAUAACGAUAUUCUGAUUCAUUCGUUCUCGAGUAUGCUUACUGGUGUGUUUGUGUGUAUUGCGAUGAAUCCGUUUGAUGUGAUCAGUACACGGAUGUAUAAUCAGAAGGCAAAUGAAUUGGGAAAAGGAUCAUUAUACAAAAAUACAUUUGAUUGUUUUGCUAAGACUAUUCGAACAGAGGGUCUGAUGGGAUUAUAUAAAGGAUUUGGUGCACAUUAUCUAAGAAUUGGUCCGCAUACAGUAUUAAUGUUAGUAUUCUUGGAGCAAUUUCGAGGGUUAUACAUCAAAUACUGGAACAAUGAAUUAAUAAAUCUCCACCACUUUACAACAUCAAUCAACGAAAAAAAUCCUCGUAAACACGAACUAUUGAUUUAUCGUGACAACGGCCCAAGGACAUUGGCGAUGUCAGGGACAGGAGGUUGUCGUAGUAGUGCGCCAGAACAAACUUUUGAGAAUGGUCACCACCAGCAAUCAUUGGGAUUUUUUGCUUCACAUAGUAAUAGUAGUGUUGCUUCCGCCCCAAUCACACCGACAAGUCCAAUGAUAUGUUCGAAUUCGCCGAAAGGCACAACUCUUCCUAUAAACAUUAAUAAUAAUCAUUCAAAGAGAGCGAAUGUAUAUUAUCCCUCCAAUCGAUAUCACCAACAUCAUUCAAGCCCUUACUACCACCACCAACAGCAACAUCACGCGUAUAACAAUCGAACGCCUGGUAGUAGUUAUACUUCCAUCGCCUCAUCACCACCGAUGUCACCUAGUUUAAGGUCAAUGCGAAGAGGUUCGCUGGGUAGUCAGAAUAGCGAGUUAUUCGGAAGUCUGGUCGGAAGUUAUGAGGAAUCUAUACUGAAUGGUCGUAUGUCGACUGCUCCUUCUAAACCAAUAACUUUUAUUGCACAAAUUGGUGUAUUGGGACGAGGAAAAUGUAAAUCUUCACUAAAGUGUCCUCCACAUGUUAACUUGGUAUUUCCUGCCUAUUUUUACAAUUUGGAGGACGACGACAAUCCAACGCCGUAUGUAGGCAAUGUCGACUUGGAGAAUGGACUAAUAGACGAAAGAUUCAAAAAAUUUCCCGGCGGAUAUCGUCUUCCACUAAAAGGCCAACUGCAAGUGGUGAUAAAAAACCCAAACAAAACAGCUGUGAAAUUUUUCCUCAUACCCUACGAUUUCUCGGAUAUUUCAGCCGGGCACAAAACAUUUAUACGACAAAAAUCGUAUUCAUUAUCACCAUUCGAAGUAGAAGAAUCAUCGUCAUCGUCAUCGCCUCACGUGUCAAAACCAGUAUUCCGAUACGCGAUUCACCUGCAAUUCUGUUCGCCCGCCAAACGGAAACUCUAUUUGUACAAAUAUAUUCGUGUUGUUUUCGCGAAUCGAGUACCGGAUGGUAGUGAAAAGCUGAAGAUUGUAUGCGAGGGUCCUGGCGAGCCACGGUAUGUCCCUAUUGGAUCGUAUAAUGGGUUAUCGUUUAUGUCUGACGAAGACGAAGAUGGGGGUGAAGAGAAUCGCGCGAGAAAGUUAAGACGAAAGCGAAAAAAAUCAAAGGAGGAUGAUGAGCAAUAG